AUGCUCCGCCUUGUCCUCUGCCUGGUGGUCACGAUGGGCCUGGGCACUGCAGCCCACACGGCCGGUGUCCAGGGGCCUGACCGCCUCCUGAUCCGAAUGCGCCACCUCCUAGAUAUUGUUGGCCACUUGCAAACUCUGGUGGACAAGCUGGGUCCUGCCACGCUGCCAGCCCCACGGGAUGUCAAGAGACACUGCGAACGGUCAGCUUUUUCAUGCUUCCAGAAGGAACAACUACAGCCAGUGAGUGCAGGAGCGAGUGAGAAGAUCAUUUCUUUACUGGCUAAACAGCUGAGGAGAAAACUACCUCCGGGUCCCAAAAACGCAGGGAGAAGACAGAGACACAGAGAAGCUUGCCCUUCCUGCGACUCUUACGAGAGGAAGCCGCCCGGAGAAUUCCUAGAGAGACUAAAAUCUCUCCUCCAAAAGAUGAUCCACGAGCGACUGCCCUAG